AUGUCCAGCAACCAGAACAACGACACUCCACUCGGUCUCAGUGCCCACAUCGAUGAUGUCAACGCGCUACAUACAAAGAUGUACGAAGCCACGGAGCCGAACCGGAAGUGGUUGCGCAAGGAAGUCGACGAUUCAAAGAAGAUGGCCGAGAACAUCAAGGAAGGGCUCGACGAACAAAAGGAAGCCAUCGACAAGCUCAAGGAGAUGGACGACUUCAAGAAGUCAUCACUUCUGGUCAAGGAUCUUCGUCAUGAGCAACAUGGGCGCACCGGAACGGAAAGGCUGGGCGAGAGGCGGAAAUGGGUGGAGGCAAGGAUACGGUUGAUGCGAUGGUCUGAGGGCGGAGGAAUUUUUUGGGGGGUAUAA